AUGACCCAAGCCAGCAUCCAUCUGUCACAGUCUCGCACUCUGACUGAUAUUCAAUCUUAUACUGGCAUCAACAAGGUCCAUCUGGCUCUGGCUGCAUAUCUUAUCCUCUCGUUUCUGCUUUUCCUUGACCCAUUCCAUAUCGGAGCCCCAUUUGCUGCAAAUAUCAUUGCAUUAGCAUAUCCGAUCCACGCUUCUCUCCGUGCAUCCAUCAACAACAAUCUCGACUUGUUGAAGCUCUGGGUGUUGUACUUUAGUGUGUACGGUGUAGUGACAGGUCUAGUAGACAUUGUUGGCCGAGUAUAUAUUCCAUACUACUUUGUGUUCAAGUCGGCAUUGUUGGUAUCGCUAUAUUGGUCACAUUCCUAUGCACUCAAAGAAAUCUACUCACUGGUUGUUGUUCCCAGCCUAACUGAUAUCUAUCUUGACAAAAAACAGUAA